GAGCGCGCCACAGCCGAGCCACAGCCACAGUCAGUUCGUCGCCAGCCGUGUAAAGUAUAGUGUGUGUCCGUACGUGCUAGUGCCUUCUGGAUUAUUGUCAACAGUAUCUACAGGAUGGGGACGAGGAGUUGGAGCGUCUGCUCCUAUUGGCUCCUGUACUCCGCAGUAUGUGUACUCGCUCGUCCGUCCAGGGACCUUUUACUGUCAGAAGGAGUGACCAGCCACACAGCAGAUGUAGGACGGCGGCUGCUGGUAGAUUGUGCUGCUCCUUCUAAUGGCGCUGUCACAUGGUUCAAGGAUGGAAAUGUCUUGGAUGCAUCACCAAGAAUUAGUGUGUCACUAGGAAAACUGAGGCUGAAGAUCCGCAACGUAUCUCCCAAGGACCGAGGAGAGUACAGCUGUCAGUACCGAGACCCUGGUGGUGAGAUGCGCUGGUAUAACAUGAGUCUGUCCGUGGUGCAGCAUGAGGAGGGGGAGGAUGAAGGAGCCAAGCAACCUCUGCCGAUCCUCAGCAGCAAGCGGGACUUUGACGACGACGGUCUCAACCAGCUGAGCCUCGGAGACGACAGUGGCCGAGCCCCUAGCUUCACAAACCAGGCUGCUAUGCACAACAUGGUCGCCACCUUGCUAGGACAGAACUACACCCUGACUUGCGCCUCUGAUGGUACGCCUGAACCAGAUACAGUGUGGUUCAAGAACGGACGUCAGUUGCCAGUCACUUCUUGGGACAUGACAGUACAUGUAAUGGAGUCAGCCAACUACACAUGUAUCGUCAGUAACCCCCUCGGAACUAUCAGCCACACCGUGCAGCUACAGGCCUACAGAGACAAGAAAGAUAUGCCAAUCAUCGUGGAGACACCAAGCAACAUAACAAUGAGUGUGGGAGAGUCUACUUGGCUGAUCUGUAAAGUGUCCAACAUGGAGGAGAGUAAGAUAGUGUGGCUCAAACAUGACAACACUCACCCUUCCAGGCUCAACACUAGUGAUCCCAACCUCAGAUAUAUUAACAAAGCUGAUAUGUAUGAUCCUCAGCGGUUGAUGUUGGAGAAUCUACGAGAGUCAGACAACGGUUGGUACACUUGUAUGGUGACCACUCCUCGAGGCAAAGACUACAGCAGUGUCUGGCUUCAGGUUGCCGAAGGCGCUGGGAAAAGCACUAGUCACAGUGUUGCCCCUGCAAUGGCAUUGGUUGAUACUGACACCGAUGACAUCGAAGUGUCAGACAAGGUGGUGAUGGCAGGCGCCCACAACUUAACAGGUCAGGACUCGCCGCCUCGCUUCACUAAGAUGGACAAGAUGCAUCGCAUUGUAGCCAAGCCUGCUGGCAACAUGAUGCGGCUCAAGUGUCCUGCAGAAGGAAACCCGACACCGAAUGUCACGUGGUACAAGAAUGGCGAGAUCCCAGAGAGGAAGCUGGGUCAGGUGAGAUAUGGACCUUGGUCUAUGAUUCUGGAGGACUUGGUAGAGUCAGACACAGGCAACUACACCUGCGUCGUCUGCAAUGUGUUCGGCUGCGUCAACUUCACUUUCAAAGCAGAGAUACACGAGCGUUUCCCUCACAAGCCCUACAUCAAGGAAGGGUUUCCUCUGAACGUAACUGCUCUGGUAAACUCGUCUGUGUCGUUCCACUGUCCGACCUUGUCAGAUUUGGAGCCCCACGUUCAGUGGAUUAAGGCCGAUUACAUCCCAGAUGAUAAAGAGAGUUUGCCAACUGGCACAAUAAUCUACGAGCAACACUCUGAAGAUGCGGAGGUGUUGGAGAUAUACAACGUGACUCACGAGGACGAGGGUUGGUACACCUGUAUUGCCUCCAACAGUCUCGGAAGGACCGUCGCCAGCGCGUACUUGCGGGUCGUGGAUGAACUAGAAGAGCCGCCUAUGAGAGUAGUACAGACAAGCCAGCCAACUGCUGUGGUAAUCCUAGCUGGAGUACUAUGUACCAUGUUCCUGCUGGCAAUGUGUAUCAUGGUCAAUGUCUUCCGCCGACUCAAGAGAGAAAAGUUAAAGAAAAUUUUGGCUAUUGAAACUGCAAGGGCUGCAGUUAUUACGCAAUGGACUAAAAAGGUUAUUGUGGAAAAACAAACUUUGGCCAAUGACCAAGACCCAUCUUUGUUGAUGCCAGUAGUGAAAAUAGAGAAGCAAAAGUCAAGGCCAGGGAAGCUGGACUCUAUGGUGUCCGAAUACGAGCUCCCUCUGGACUCUGACUGGGAGUUCCCCAGGGAUCAGCUGACCAUGGGAAAGAGUCUGGGAGAGGGAGCCUUUGGUAAGGUGGUCAAAGCGGAGGCUCAGAGCAUCUUGCAACAGGGAAUCUCUACGAUUGUAGCAGUCAAAAUGUUGAAAGAGGGCCAUACUGACACAGAAAUGAUGGACUUGGUAUCUGAAAUGGAAAUGAUGAAAAUGAUUGGUAAACAUCGCAACAUAAUAAACUUGCUUGGAUGCUGCACCCAAGAUGGACCUCUCUUUGUCAUUGUUGAGUUUGCUCCUCAUGGAAACUUGAGAGACUUUUUGCGACAGCAUCGACCAUCAUCAGGCUACGAACCUGCUAUUGGAGCCAAUGAGAAGGACAGAAACACUUUAACUCAAAAAGAUCUAGUUUCCUUUGCAUAUCAAGUAGCAAGAGGCAUGGAGUACCUGGCUUCAAGGAGGUGUAUUCACCGAGAUUUAGCAGCCAGAAACGUCCUAGUGAGUGACAACUAUAUUUUGAAAAUAGCAGACUUUGGACUGGCGAGAGAUGUGCACAGUCAUGACUACUACAGGAAGACAACAGACGGAAGGUUGCCAGUCAAGUGGAUGGCUCCUGAAGCCUUGUUCCACCGUGUAUAUACUACGCAGUCAGAUGUGUGGUCAUAUGGUGUGUUGCUAUGGGAGAUCAUGACGCUAGGAGGGACUCCCUACCCAUCUGUACCCAGCAUGGAGAAACUCUUCCAGUUACUGAGGAGUGGCCAUCGUAUGGAGAAACCCCCCUGCUGCUCUCUCGAGAUUUACAUGCUGAUGAGGGACUGCUGGAGCUAUCAGCCCAAUGAGAGGCCGAUGUUUAGUGAACUGGUGGAGGACCUGGACAGAAUACUUACCAUCACAGCCAACGAGGAGUACCUGGACUUGGGACUGCCGCAGUUGGACACUCCUCCUUCCAGUGAAGAGUCUAGUGUAGGGGAUGAACAGUUCCCAUAUCUGCUGUAGGCUGUAGGCAACAAACAUCACAGGUGUACCACAACACCAGUGAGGACAGCCAGAGUGUACAGACUGAUUCUUAUGUGCCUUUGUGAUCGGUUGUGUGUGAGUGUGUGUGUGUGUAUACACAUGUUUGGUAAGGAAUUUCAUAAGAGUUCAAUCUCUCUCUACAAUCUUAAUUUGAAUUGUAAAUGUAUAUAUGAUGGCUUUAUUACAUUAAAAAAGCAUUUAUUUAUUGAAUACUCAGUUAAGCGUUUGUCGAGUGAAUAAACUUUUCUGAUAACAAUCAAACACCAAAGGGAUGUAGCUUGUGUAGAUGGAUAUUUUUUAUUAAAUUAAGAUUUUUAAAUAUUAGAAUAUUUGUUUUAUAUGUAAUAUAUUGGGUUGUAAAUAUAUUAUUUUAUUGAUCGAGUAAAAAUAUGAAUGUACAAAAGAUUUAUGUUUACGUUGUUAAUAAUUAGAGAAGAUAUUUUUGAUUUGAACUCCCAUGACAUUAUUUUUGUUAUUACUGUCUAUUAUGUAUUUAUCUUAGUUAGUAAUUUUAAACCCAGUAUUACUGAAUGUAUUUGAGUUGGAUGUAAACAUCUGUAACUGUAACUGUGCCUUAGACGAUUACGUACUUAGCCAGAACUUGUGAUCUCAAAAAUUCAUAUUUCAACAAUCCAUUAAGACAACUCAAAAUUAUUUUAUCAUAGUAUGGAAGAAAAGAAACAAUUGAAUUUUUCAAAUCAGAUAAAAACCUACUUCCACAUUGCCUAACACAUUGUAACAUUGUCUAGUGUUUGUAUACUUAUCUUAAAUCUUUAUCUGCAAUUGUAAAUUUUAACAAGUGCCUUAGGUUUGCCACCUUUUUCAUUGCUCUUGAUGAAAACAUUAUGAGAAACAUUUUUGUUAGUUGUUUGCUAAGGCUAAGACUGGGAUGCAACUAUAUACUUAUUCUGUAAACUAACUAUGAUUACAGUGCCUCUAUUUCUUUUAUCUAGACUAUAGGAUAAAGCAACAUUUAAUUAUUUAUGGCUUGGUUGGUUUUAAGCUAAAAGAAUGAUAUAGAUUUUUUGUCAAUUGAUUGACUAAUUUAACUUUUUCUAAAGUAAAAAAAGAAAUCAUUGCAUUAAUAAAAAAAUGCUGAUAUAAACAAUUUUAUUCAUUUUGUAAAAAAAUAUUGUUUAGAAAACCAAAAUGAUAAUGCCGUAAUGCAACAUAACUAAGAUUUUUGUCACUAGUUACUGUUAUAAAAUUAUUUCAAUAAAUAAACAUGUACAGUUAAACAUGAACUAACACAGAAAAAAUCACAUCUUGGGUAUUGAGAUUGAACUCGAUUGCUUUUAUGCUAGUAUGCAUUGAUAACAUUAAUUACUUUUUAAACUAAAUAAAUUAUAUAACUCUCCAAUAUAGGCUACUGGAUAAAAUAAUUUAUUUUCUGACAUUAAUCACAGUAUCAUUGUUAUAGUUUAUUAUCUUAUUGUAAUUUUUAUCUACAGUAUUCUAUUUUUUAAUGUGUUUGUAUUCAGAGUUUGUUUAUUUGAAACGGUUGUUUGAUUUUCUUUUCCAUUAUUUGUACAAAUAUUUAAGUAAAGAAAAAACACUUGGAAUUGUUUCUGUUAACCAUAACUUUUAAGGUUGUAAAUCCAUAUAGGUAAGUUUUAUUCAUUAGUAACAUUAAUUGAUUACAUUUGAAUCUGGCUAAAGGUUAAGUUACUAUGAACGCGAGAAGUAUUGUAUGUGUUAACUAGUCACUAGUAUUGUAUAUUGUCACAUAUAUUAACUAUACAAGUUUUGUAAAAUAAUUAAAG